UGGAGUUACAGAUGUCUCCACUUACCCUUCCUAUUUUUGUACGAGUUCUGCAGAAAUUCUGUAAUAUUGCUGUUACUCCAAGAGCAGAAGAACUUUUGAAACUAGUUACCCACCUUAGAGAAGAGCUGCAAUGCUUAGCAAAUGCUGCAGAGCUGGAAGAGCAGCUUCAUGAAAAUACGGUUCCUCAGAUAAGAGAGUUAAAAGCAUUUUGCACUAUUAUUUUUACUAUAGGAAGUUAUUUUUUUCCCCAGACCGCAAGCUUGGGAAAACUGAACUUAAGGUGGCUUCUUUAAUUGAGCUUUAUUUUAAUUUUGGGUUAAGCUGAGACUCUUGCAAUGUCAGCUGUGAUAAUUGAACUGGAUAAACUUGCUUCGGAUGAGAGUGAGAGCAAAAAGGAUUCCAAGUCAGAUUUUAAGGAAGGCAAAUUGAGUGAGUUCUGUGCCGAGUAUUGUGGGUUUCAACUUCACUGCUCCUGUUCAGCACCAGCUGGUAUGAAUACAAGCAAGAGUGAGACGGUGAAGGAGCACCCAUUGAAACCCUCUAGAAGAUCUAUGCCAUGCUUAGCACAGAGCCAAACGCAUCCUCAGAGUCUGAGCAAGCAUUCUUCGUUUCUGCAGCCAAAUCGUGUACAGCCUCAGCCUCUGAGUGCAGGAACAUCUACAGCUACCGUUGAUGUAGUGUCAGAACGAGCUAAAGUGAUGGAGACUUUGGAAAACAACUUGCUCAAGCUGUCUAGUACAGAAUACAGUGAUCCAUUUUUAGAGAUAGGAAAGGACAAAGACACGUACACAGAUGAUUCAGAACAUGGGAAUUACGAUGUUCGUACAGAUCAGUCAUUGCUCAUUCAAAACAAGCUCACCAGGCAGAAAGCAGAACCUCGAACUAAAACAUCUUUAAAGACUGAUGCCAUGGCAUCGUCAGGCCUCUUCUUCAAAGAUGGCAAGAAACGCAUUGAUUACAUCCUGGUCUACAAAAAGUCGAGUCUACAGGUAGAAAAAAGAAGCACAUUUGAGAAGAAUUUGAGAGCAGAAGGGCUGAUGUUAGAACGAGAGCCAGCUGUAACAAACAGUGAUAUCAUGUUUGUUAAAAUUCACUGUCCGUGGGAGACGCUGUGCAAAUAUGCAGAAAGAAUGAACAUCAGGAUGCCUUUCAGGAAAAAAUGUUAUUACACUGACUGGAGGAGCAAAACCAUGGGCAGUUUGCAGAGGAAUAUGAGAGAGCUGAAAAGUUGGUUGCCUAGAAAUCCAAUGAAGCUUGAUAAGGAGGCCCUACCAGAUCUUGAGGAAACAGAUUGCUACACAGCACCCUUUAGCCGUGCUCGCAUACACCACUUUACCAUAAACAACAAAGACAGCUUCUUCAGCAACUCCACAAGAAGUAGAAUUGUGCAUCACAUGCUACAGAGAACCAAGUAUGAGGAUGGAAAAUCCAAAAUGGGUAUUAAUAGAUUACUAAACAAUGGAACAUAUGAGGCAGCAUUUCCACCACAUGAGGGAAGCCACAAAAGCAGACAUCCCAUCAAAACACAUGGAGCUCAGAAUCACAGGCACCUCUUAUAUGAGCGUUGGGCACGGUGGGGAAUGUGGUACAAGUACCAACCUCUUGAUUUAAUCAGGCGAUAUUUUGGUGAAAAAAUUGGACUGUAUUUUGCCUGGUUGGGAUGGUAUACUGGAAUGCUGAUUCCUGCUGCUCUGGUUGGACUCUUUGUUUUCCUUUAUGGACUGUUUACGAUGGAUUCCAGCCAAGUAAGCAAAGAGAUCUGCGAGGCAAAUGAAACCAUCAUGUGCCCUAUGUGUGAACGCAAUUGCACACUGCAAAAGCUCAAUGAAAGCUGCAUAUAUGCCAAGGUUACACAUUUGUUUGAUAACGGAGGGACUGUCUUCUUUGCUAUUUUCAUGGCAAUCUGGGCUACAGUCUUUCUAGAAUUUUGGAAAAGGCGGAGAGCUGUAUUAACCUAUGACUGGGACCUCAUAGAUUGGGAAGAUGAAGAGGAAGAACUGCGUCCCCAGUUUGAAGCUAAAUAUUCUCAAGUUGAAAGAGUAAAUCCCAUCACAGGAAAACCUGAACCUUUUCAGCCUUUUCCUGACAAGCUCAGUCGACUGAUGGUGUCUGUCUCAGGAAUAUUCUUCAUGAUUUCACUCGUCCUCACUGCAGUUUUUGCAGUCGUGGUGUAUCGUCUGGUAGCCAUGGAACAGUUUGCUUCCUUCAAGUGGUAUUUCAUCAAGAAGUAUUGGCAGUUUGCAACAUCUGGCACUGGAGUCUGCAUCAAUUUUAUGAUCAUCAUGUCGCUCAAUGUUGUGUAUGAAAAGGUUGCCUAUCUCCUGACAGACUUAGAGCAUCCAAGGACAGAGUCUGAAUGGGAAAACAGCUUUGCCUUGAAAAUGUUCCUCUUCCAGUUCGUCAACCUUAACAGUUCUAUUUUUUACAUUGCCUUUUUUCUUGGCAGAUUUGCAGGCCGCCCGGGAAAGUACAACAAGCUUUUCAACAGAUGGAGAUUGGAAGAAUGUCAUCCAAGUGGCUGCUUGAUAGACCUGUGUUUGCAGAUGGGUGUUAUUAUGGUUUUGAAACAAAUGUGGAACAACUUUAUGGAGCUAGGCUAUCCGUUAUUACAGAAUUGGUGGUCACGACGCAAAAUGAAAAGAAGAGGACAGUCAAUGGAGCAUAAAAUUUCUCUACCUCAGUGGGAGAAAGAUUGGAAUCUGCAGCCGAUGAACCUCCAUGGUUUAAUGGAUGAAUACUUGGAGAUGGUGUUACAGUUUGGCUUUACCACCAUCUUUGUUGCUGCCUUUCCACUGGCACCUCUCCUGGCAUUGCUGAACAAUAUCAUAGAAAUAAGGCUAGAUGCAUAUAAGUUUGUGACUCAGUGGCGAAGACCGAUGCCUGCAAGAGCAACAGAUAUAGGUAUCUGGUAUGGGAUUCUUGAAGGAAUUGGAGUACUGGCUGUCAUCACCAAUGCCUUUGUUAUUGCCAUCACUUCUGAUUACAUUCCACGUUUUGUCUAUGCGUAUAAAUAUGGUCCCUGUACAGAUCAAGGAUACAGACAAGAAAAAUGUCUAAAAGGAUAUGUCAAUAGCAGCUUAUCAGUGUUUGAUCUGAGUGAACUUGGAAUGGGAUAUUCAGGAUACUGCCGCUACAGAGAUUACAGAGCCCCUCCCUGGAGUUCAACUCCCUAUGAAUUCACUUUGCAGUUCUGGCACGUUCUGGCAGCACGACUGGCCUUCAUUAUUGUUUUUGAGCACCUUGUUUUCGGAAUAAAGUCUUUCAUUGCUUACCUGAUUCCAGACAUGCCCAAAGACUUGUGUGACAGAAUGAGGAGAGAGAAGUACUUAGUCCAGGAAAUGAUGUACGAGGCUGAACUAGAGCAUUUGCAGAGAGAAAGAAAGAAGAAUGGGAAACAGUAUCACCAUGAAUGGCCUUAGUCAAUACCAUGCUGCAACAAAAACGCUGUUUGGAAACUGAAGAGUGCGAUUUCGAAACGAAGUCAGUCUUGCAUCAGUGUGUGCAAUUCAAAGUGUAUAUAUAUGUUCUUAUUGGGCUGUGCAGUUGCAGGCUUUGGCAGGAAGUGGAAAACAGGUGCUUCCGAUGAGGAACAUGAAGAGCCUUAUCUGUGACUGGUCUGUGAGGUGAGCGUCCAGAACUGGCACUCAGGAAUGGGCAGCAGAUUAAAAAUUUGGACACUGAUUUUAAAAUGGCAAUGAGCUUUUAUGCUGUUCGUGAAGAUGCUAGCAGCAUAACGAAAAUAAAAAAUUACCUAUAAACUUGUACGGUGAGGGCAUGACUAAAAAGAAAUUACAUGAUAUCCACUACAGCUUCUGAUUGCUCAGCCGCAUCUGUAACGCCUCUGAAGAAAAAAACGAUUGUUGCCUUUGUGGCCAUAACUUGAUAUAAACAAUCUUUCAGGCUUAUUGUUUUGUCAGGUUUGUCCUCGUCUCUUGUUGAGAUUGUGGAUGUGGUCCUACCCUAAAAAGUGGGUAUAUGGCUGCUUAUUAUAUACUAUGCAGUUUAAGAUUUGCACAUCAUUGUCAUUAAUCUAUCCUUCCAGUCAAAAACCAAAAAUUCUAAAUUCAAAGAGAAAACAGCAGCACUAAAACACACUGCAUUGCCCACAUUGCAGCUGCAGUUGAAAAUGACAUGGCUAUGAGUUGUCUUUCCACUUUUUUUGUGCAGAAAGGCCACCUUCACAUGGAUGGAAGAAUUGUCAUUUCCAUGCUCUGCUGCAUGCAGAUGUCUAACUGUGUUACUGUUCUCUUUGACCUGUCUGAGCAAUUAUUCCGUGACUUCACAGAAUGCUAACUUGAAAUAUUCUAAUACAGUGCAAAUUACUUCAUUCUGAAUAUACAGUUAACUAUUUAUAAUAUGCAAGCUUAUGCAGAUAUGUAUCAGACAUCCAGUAUAGCAUUUUGACUUGCUUGUUCAGGGAAGGAGAAUCUGAGCACCUUAUAACAAUGCUCUUCUUAUUGUAACAGUAAAUGUUCCAGUAAUGUGCACUUCUUUUAUGGGGCUAAAUAAGUCAGAGUAUGGGAAUUAGAUACAGCCUGAUGUGUAUACAGAUUGUCUAUAAAAGCACACACACACAGUGGUUACUUUUAGAUUUUCUAUUAUCAAUUGUACGUCUUCUUACAGUCUGGGGAGCUCAUUGUAUAAAAAAUAGACACUCAUGUAAAGAACCAAAUUUCAGGUUUUUUUGUGAAUACAGUGUAAGGUAGUGCUGCUUAUGCUUGUAGUCACAUUUUGUUGAUGGAGUUGCUAUUAACAUUUCAUAAUGUGUGAGAAGAUAAGCACUUCAUUUGAAAAAUCUAAACAAGCGAGCAGAGUUCACUUGCAGUGUAGAGAGUGGGGAAACAAGAGUCGCAGUCAUCCCGUUCGUCUUGUACAAUUUCAAGCAAUGCUUAAAUAUUGAAUGAGAAGAAAAAAAAAAACAAGGGAAAAAAAAAACCAACAGAACGACCAAAUUAUACUGACAUUAUACAUUUGUGUUAUUUUAGAGAUAAAGCUGCAGCGAAAUCACUGCUGUCAGAUACAAAAAGACCUGAAAUUUUACUUGAUAAAUGCCAUGUUGAAUCAGUAAGUGUCAUUCCAGUAUUUACUUACGUAUGUUAGAACAAUAAUUUUAUUAUUAUUAUUAUUAUUAUUACACUGUAUAAAAUGAAUUUUAAGAGCCCAUCAAAUAGAUGAGUAGAAUCCAUUGUAUCCAGUGAACUUUAGCAUCAAUGUUUAAUUUCUGUACUCAUUUCACUAUAUUUGUCUUGGUUAAUUCCAGCUUAAUGUGACCUGGCAAGGCAACUAUAGAAGUAUCUACAGUAUUGCACUAAGGGGGAAGGAAAUUGAAAGGUGUGGCUUAAUCAGAUGUAUUAGCAGUUAGUUCUUUGAUAAUGGGCUGUCGGAACUCAGCUUUCCGUAUUUUGGAAAGGCUGGUAAUUAUAUUUUGGAUAGUUCCUCAGGAGUCCUUAUCAGAAAUAUCAGCACUCUCCUGAGUACUUACAGCUUCACACUAUUUAAUUUAAUUUAUUCUCUCCCUGUUUCAUACUGUGGAAUAUCAAGCACCACUUGACAGCAUUAACCAUGUGUCACAGGUUCUGUUUCUGUGCCACGUAGCGAUAAUACUUCAGUUCUUCAGAAGGUCACAGUUCAGCUCUCUUUUUCAAGUUUUCCCUAACAGCAAAAUGCCUUGGCUGGCCCAAGGUGAGAAGAUUUCGAAGAGAAAUCAGCAACAGUCAGAACUGGUGAUUAUUUUGUGCUUUCUCGUUUCUGCUGUGGAUAUUGGCACAAGUCAAAACAGGCAAAUUCCAACUGAACUUAAAAGUGCAUUUGAAAGAAAACCUCUUUUGUAUUUGAGUAUGAUCUGGGAUUUAAAUAUUUAUAAUCUUAAUAUUUCAGUACUGGUGUAUAAAAGUAGACUGAAGGAAAGUAUGUAGAUCUGACUUUGCAGUUUAUGCACUGGAAAAAGCACAAGAAAUUUUGGAGAAACACUGUGUGUUCCUUUAUGUCUGAAGGACAUGAACAAAGCGUAAAGGUUUUGCCACUAAUAGCCAUUUGCUUAAGCUGAGAACUUUUUGCUAGACUUUGUUUAGUAUGCUGUUUGCAUUGACUGCACGUUCUUUUACAGAAGUACAAGGCACACACUGUCCUCAGGAAUACUGUAUUUUAUGAAUGCUGACUGAUCUUUUCAUAUUCUAGGUAUUGUCUUUCCAAACCAAUGACCAGUACGAAUAGACCGUGCAUGCAAGCUGCGUUUGUGAAACCUGACAAAGCUUUAGAACUUAAAUUUGUGCAAAAACGCUUUAGGUCAUUGCUGAUCUAAUCUAUGAUAAUUUUCCUCUAUGCAUGCGCCCUUACAGAGACUGCACGAGCAACUAGAUAUUCUUAAAUACAAACGAUUAGUCCAAAAUGUCUUAAUUAUUGCUAACCAAAUUCAGUGUCUUGAUGCAGACGAAAGAAAUUUCCAUUUCAGAAAUUGAAAAGUUGACACACAUUAUACAUAUUUCUAGUUAUUUUUAACUCCAAAUUUGUGCCCACUGUGUGAGAUCUGAAUUCUGGUGAGUGAAAAAAGGGGGGGAGGGGGUGGAGAAGGGGGGGAAGCAUGGAAAUGAAAUGGAUCCGAAGAAUUCUGUUUCAUUAGCCUUCCUAAUGAGAAGUUCCCUCGUGGAGCUCAGCACCUCUGUCUAUAGAAGGAGAUGCAUUGAGCGCUCAGUAUUUACAGCUGAGUGCCCUCAGGGUUGCCUGCAGAUUGAGCAAAAGCUCUCUAUUUGUUAUGCUGUAAUUUAAUUUCUUACAGUGGUGAUUGGGCAUCCUGAUUGGAGUCUUUUGAGACAAGGCAGGUCACGUGAUUUUCUUCCCAACCUCCUUUUUAUUGAAACAUUUAUAGAGAAAAUUUAGAUGAAUACUUAAGUUAAUAUUGAUGAUGAUGAUGAGGCUUAAAUUUCCAUAGUGCUGUUGGAUGACAAAUGGUUUGAGUUUUUUUUCACAUAUUUCUUCAGAAGUAUACAUCUUCAUUCCUACAAAGCAGAAAUAUGCCUCUUACUGUGCCCUUUUCUGAUAGCAGUUUGACUUAUAUCAUGUCUUCAGGAUUGCUUAGGCUCUGUUUUAUUCCAAAGAACACUCAAAAAAAAAUGUUUGGAGUUAGGUGAAUAAAUACAUACCUUAAUGCGUAAAUUCAUUAAUUUCCUGAGGUCUUCUUCAUGAAGGAAAGUAUCUUGGGGAACAAAGCUUUAGAGUGAGUGUUAAUACAGGGAAAGGCAUAAACUCGUGAUAUUUUUUUCUUACUGAAUCAUUAGGAUGAUCUGUGUGCAUCUGUGGUUUCCUUAUUUUGGCCUCUUCUGCAAACUCCAAAUGCGAGUGCUUCCAGAGAGAAUGACUGGAGCCAUGCAGUUCAGUGAAUUCCUUGCAUGGUAUCAUGUGGGAUUUAUUCAUCUUGGAGCUGUGUCACCAAUUUUCAGAGGCAAAUUCGUAUGCCUGUGUUCAGAAGCAUGAAAUCACUUCGAUUAACUGAAAAUGAUCCUUGUCUAUAAAAAGAAAAAAAAAAUAGCUCUCCUUAGAUAGCUUACAUGUAAGACCAAUUCUCAUUAGUACUGUCGUAAACUAGAUUUUUGUAAGUACACCGAGUAAUGUAUUCUUGUAAACAGUUGUAUACGAAGUUGUAUACAGUUGUAUACGAAGGCAGUGAAGUUAAUGGAAAUCAAUCACAUUUUCCAUUUGGCAUUACGUAGGAGAAAAGAGACAGAUCCAAAAGCAAUUAUCAGUGUAUGUGUGAUCACUUAAAAUUGCAUAGUAUUUCCAGAUGCAUUUUAUUUUUCACAAUCCUCGUAAGCUACUGAUGUUGAUUUUGGGGGGUUAAAGCUUGAAGCAAAUCUGUAACCAGCCAUUCGUAACAAUGUGUAUUUUAUGUUACAGCUGACACUAGAAUUCAGAGAUCCACAUUUAGGCAGAUUUCGGAGAGAGAUGAAGUAAGUUAUUUUGUCAGUUCUAAUGCAUAGUUUGACUGAAGCGUAACCAGUAAGCGUUUUUCCAAGCAUUUAAGUGAGUUGCAAACGUGAAUUCCUGUGGCAGGAAAGGCAGUGGCUUUCAAAGACCUCUUUACCUUUCUGUGUUCAAGCUCACGCUCAUUAAAGCCCACCUCCUGCUGCAGUAAAAUGGAAUAAACCAGCAUUUCGAGGCUGGAGAUGAGCAGAGAAGGCAAAGCUCAUGUGUUCCUUUUAGCAAGUUUAGCUGCAGAGUCCCUUAUCGAGUCUCCAAAAUGAAGGGUUGAAACUGGAGCACGGUGAGAACCCCUGCGAUCCUUUUCCUUUUCUCCUCUGGUUCAUUCUUUACUUAUCCAUAGUGUUUUAUUAAGUGAUGCCUUUUUGCUGAUGGUCCAAUUUCAAGAGCAGUUGCCUGACCUAAAGUACUUAAAGCACUAAAAGAAGCCAAACAGAAGUGUUCCCAAACCAGUCUGUCCAGUGCUUGUUGCCAGCUGGUAUGCUUGCGACGGAGUGGUGUGAGGAAGCACACCGUGUGUCUGGUCUGCUGUGACAUCUGUCACUGUCCCAAGGACUACCUUUUGCGCUCCUGUCCCUCCCUACACACACACAUGUCCUGAAGGUCCUACCCAAUCUUGGCAUUUUGAAAUUUGUAUGAAUAGGCUCACAUUGACAGUUUUUCUCCAAUUCUGACAUUACAGCUGCGUUCACUAUACAUUGACACUGACAUCAUUUUGACAUGGUCGUGAUAGCACAACGUUACCACAACAGCACAAAUUUAUAACAGCACAACAAAGAACCAUAGAGAAAUCCCUUUGCUCUUCCAUGUUAUGCAGGAACUUUCUUAGUUCAGGACUGGGAUUUUGACUUGAAAAGUUAAUGGAAUAUCCCCUCCUCACUCGCACUGGAAAUUACCUUUUGUUAGUUCCUUUGGCUCAUUCUAACUUCUUGCCAUAAGCUCUGUAACACUAGAUGUUCCCUGCAGUGUGCUCCUUACUUGCCAUGAACUAGUUGUUGGGAUGCUACUAGAUGAGAAAUGAGGAUUAAACCCAAUGCAGCCUAAAGCUAGUGAGAUUUUAAGCACUGAGAAGUUGAGAAUUUUUCAGUUAAAAAUUUCAAAAAAUUCAAAUCACCUUUUUAUUUAAUGUUCUAAUGUUUAGAAGGCUCAGAAUUUUGUAUUGAAAAAAAAUCUACAAAACUGUUGAUUCUAAUUUUUACCUAGAGUAGUAUCGCUGAAAUUGCAGUUGUUUGAAAUAAUCUCAUGUAAAAUCUACAUAAUGUUGUUCAGCCAUUUUUACUUCAAUAGUCCUGGCUAACUUGCAAUAUCAUGAUCAUAAGAGAUUUCUUAUAAUGUGUAUAUACUUGAAAUUUAUGUAAUAUUUAAAUACAACUUGGUUUCUAAUUAAGAAAUGAGAGUACAGUUUCAACUAUUUUUUCUAUUCAUAAUUCCAAACUUUGUAAGUAACAUUUAAAAUAGGGUUACCACCAAGUGUUUCAGAGAAAUUAACUUUUAUGCACUGCAAGCUAGAAGUUCCUCUGGCCUGUCAGCUUUCACUUUCUUUUGGGUUUAAGGUUACUCUUACAAGCCGGUGUUUACCCCAGAACUAAAAGAAUUCACUGAGGAGAAGUUGUUGAUAUGAUUACCUAUUGUAAGACACUUUUGGCAUAAAUUUGUCUUUGAGAUGCUGUUUACUUUAUCAAGGUUUACAUGUACAAAUGCGAUGACUUACUGUAUCAUACACAUUUGAAUAUUGCAUUUUUCAAUAAUAAACUUGGAUAUAUUUGAAGGAA